AUUUUCUACCAUCAAUAAACAACCAUUCUAAUUACCUGCAAUUGCUUCCUCCUCUCUUACGAGUCGUCACAGUAGGAUCUGACCCUCAUGGAAGCAGCAGGCAAUCGCUCCCCAUCUCAUCUAGAGGACAUUCUGCAGAGAGUCGGUGAUCGUAUGGAGCGCCAAGACAAGGCGAUAGAUGAGAUGGGUCGAGCCUUCCAAGCAAUGGUGACGAAGGUGUCCGAGCUCGCUCUCCAGGCUCAACAGCAACAACAACCGCCACCCGCUGCGCCUCCCACGCCACCCACACCGCCGAUCGUCUCCGGAGGGAUUUCCCAGCCCGAACCACGCCUCCCCAUUCCUGAGAAAUAUGCGGGGGGAGGCAGUGGAUUUGGCUAACGUGCCCGCGGAGUACCACGACCUGAGGGAGGUGUUCAAGACGGCGGCCAUGGAGAAAUAUAUAUCCAGUUCUCUAGCAACGGGGUUCAUCCGCCCU